AUGGCGAGGUACACGCCCUUCGUGUCGUCCAUCGAUCCGGUGGAAGGGCCGUAUGGUGGCGGCACGACCGUGAUGCUUUCAGGCAGCGGCUUCUUGUGCAACGGCACCGCCACCAUGGAGGAACUCUCAGUGAUGCUGGCGGGAUCCCCCUGCGACGCUUGGACGAAGCCGGCGGAACCUAAACACGGUACUUGGAUGGAGCCAUGUGAGGUGUACCAUCCUUGA